CUGUAGUGUGAUUUAUUUUUUAUUAAUGUUUUAUACUCUGUUGUCCAUUAAGCAUUUUCUUUGAAAUGCUUCGUUUAUCGUCACAUUUUCAAGCAUAUUAAUACAAUUUGGAAUUCAAUCGCCUGAUUGCUGACACCUGCUCACGUGACAUCACAAUCAAACCCUCGCUGCUGAGCUUCACGUGGAUCUGUGGAGGGAGGAUGCCGGUGUUGGUGAGGCCGCUGGUUUCUGUCACUGUGUUGACUCUGCUGGGCUGGUGCUGGUACAGUUUUAGAAGGAGGAGAAAAAUUAAAGCUUCUCUCUGGACUGAAGAAGAGAAGUGUUUGUUAGACGGAAGCAGCCCGGUUCAGUUUUCACCUACUGACAACGGUGUUUUGGGGCAAAGUGACCUGAAGAUGAAUCAAAACAUCUCCAGAUCCCCUGAAAUUACAGAGUUAACUGACACAUCACCAUUUGUGGAAAUGCACAAGUUUACCAGUACCUCACCUGUAAUAGGCCUCAAUGAGAGGGUUCGGCCUGAGCCAGAGGGAGAAGUAUCAAUUCGUUUCCCUGAAACAAACCAAAGCAAAAAAGAAAAGGACGAUUUUACUGGUGAAGUUCAUGAAGAUGACUUUACUGAUGAUAAAGAUGGCAGCAGCCUGUCUGAUUUCUCCCCUGAACAAAGCCAGGAGAACAUGGAGAUCAUCAGUUCUGUUCUGGUCCAGCAAGUAAUACACACAACAGAAAACCAGCACUCCAGCGAUCCACUUUCGAGACCUCCAAACAGUGGAUUUCAAUCUGCUUCUCAAGAUCUAGUUCAGCAUCAAAGCAUCAGUGGCGAUGACAACGACAGAGAAACCGGCUCAUUCAGGAAAAAACUGCUCAGUGAUUUAGGAGCUUCUGUUGGAGAUGAUUCUGGAUGUAAUUCCAGCUUCUCAGAGGAUGUUUCCGGUUCGGAGGGACUGACCUGUGAGAUCUCAGAGGAGGAACAAAGCUUUUUAAUGACAGAAUCAGACACAACCAGCAUAGACGGCAAAAUGAUUCCCAGCAUUCUCGGAGAGGGAGAGGAGGAGGCCUGGCAUGGUUCAGGUGUUGAAAGCUGCAUUGUUGCUGAUACUCAAAUGAGCAGCUUGGCUCCUCCUCCUUCCCCGCCCAUCAUCCAGUGGGACAUAGAAGUGCCAACGCAUCUUGUUGGUCGAUUGAUCGGGAAGCAGGGAAAGUUUAUGAACUUCCUCAAGCAGAGCUCUGGAGCAAAGAUCUACGUCUCCACCCUGCCGUUCACUCACGAUAUUCAAAUCUGCCACAUUCAGGGCUCACAACAGCAGGUGGAUGAAGCUCUCUCUCUUGUCAGGAAGAAGUUCAAAGAUCUGGAUCUGAGUAAUUGUGCUCCUCUGCCCUGCCUGCCCAUCACAUCCUGGCUGCUGCUUCCUCAGGAUGUGUUUGUGGAGGUGAUGGUGUCGCGGGUGGAGGCGGCUCAUCAUCUGUUCGUUCAUCAGCACAGUCAUCCAUCUCACCAGGUGCUUCCCACACUCAUACAGGCCAUGCAGCUCUGCUACUCUCAGCCGGGGUGUCCUAGCCUGCCCACUCCUGUUGAAGUGGGUGUGGUCUGUGCCGCUCCGGUAACAGGAAGUGGCUGGCAGAGAGCACAGGUCAUUCAGUAUGAUGGAGAGACUGGCACCACUCAUAUCAGAUAUGUAGAUAGCGGAGGAUACGACACCGUGAACAGCACCACCCUCAGGCAGAUCAGGUCAGACUUUGUGACGUUACCUUUCCAGGCUGCAGAGGUUCUGCUGGACAAUAUCAUGCCUUUGCCAGGUGAUGAGGAGUUUUCUCUGGAAGCCAAAGAAGCACUGGAGGAAUCAACUGCUAAUGUGGCCCUAAUUCUAAAGGUGACUGGCAGUCAAGAUGGACUUCCUCUGGUGCACCUGUGGAAACAGGCAGGAGACGAGAUGGUUCUGAUCAACAGAUCACUGGCUGAUCAAGGGUUUUUCAGCUGGUUUGACACUCAGUGAUCCUCCCAACACCCAUUCACACCGUAAAUCCUCUUUUACACUUAAGUACAUUUGUUUGUUGUACGGAGAUUGUGUUGGAAACCUCAUUUUUGAAUAUUUUUAUUUAAAAUGUUGAUAUGAUAUAA